UUAAUAGAACUGGCGCUAUCAAUUGAUUCACCUGCUUCGCGCUCGGCCGAAGCAGAACGUUGUGUUGUGGAAGUGAUGAAAAUGGUUUGCUCGCUUAUCUAUACAAGUCGACGAGAAUUUACUAAUUUGGUCGAAUGUUUCUUAAGCGAUCCGUCGAAUACGGCAUCCACAUUUUCGUUGAUAAGAACGUUGCUUUCGGAGCUGCGUGGUGACGAAUUAUCGCAAUUUUAUGAUUUCCUAUCGAGCUCUCUGCUGGUAACUUCCCCGUCCUUAGUGCUUGUUUCGCUUAUCAAAAUAGCUCCUGCUUCACUGAAGGAUAUAUUAUUGUUGUUGCAGAGGCGAGAUCGCGGAUAUCAAACUUUAACGGGUAUUGAUGAGCGUGACGAGCUACUACUAUCUCUUGCUUUGCAAGGCAUUGUUGUACAUGAAUUAUUCGCUGACCUUGAUAAUUCCUUCCACAUUUGUUUUUUAGCACGGUACAUUUGUGAAAUAAUCCGUUUGGCCUGUGCUCAUCGUGAUGAAGCUCGACGAGGCAAUUGGCUUUUCAGAAUACUGCAUAAAAUUCUUUCGUUGCCGCUCUCGGAAUUGCAGGAAGAAGAAUCUGGUGGUGGUGCAACAUAUGCAAAAUUUCGUUCCUUAAUAACAUCAGUGUUUGCAUCGUGCCGAUAUGAAGGCGUGUUGUUGGAAGAAACUGUCAAAUGCAUUGAAGAGGAAACGAUCCAAGCGUACGCUUUUCAUAUAGCCAUUAGCGCACUGAUGAAGAGCAGCAGUGAAUCAUGA